CGCGAGAGAAGGAAAAAAAGAGAGUGUAGCCAAGAGUUUCUCACAGCCGUUGGUUUAUUAUCAGCAACACUAGUCUUGAAAUCAAAGUUUCCAACUCCAAAAGUUGGGGAGAAAGAGCCCUUUUUGCCUUCCCGCCCAAAAAUGGUGUUAUCCCUCCAGCACCAGCAACUCUUCCAUUCGCCCACCGGAUUUAGCUCUCUACCAAAAUCAAUAACUAACCACCCUCUAAUCUCCCUCAAACUACCAACAAGACUAUCUAAUAAUCCACUUGCCUUUGCUCAAAACGCCGCCACAAGCCACAUCGACACUGCGAAAGCAGCCUUAUUGCCUCCGCCACUGAGGAAAGAAUUAAUGCCGAACCAUGUUGCGGUGAUAAUGGAUGGGAAUAGACGGUGGGCUAAAAUGAAAGGGUUGCCUAUUGCCUUAGGUUACGAAGCGGGUGUUCGAGCAUUUAGGAAUCUUAUUCAGCUGUGUUGCAAUUGGGGAAUUAGUGUUCUUACUGUCUUUGCUUUUUCCUCCCAAAAUUGGUUCCGUCCAAAGAUGGAAGUUGAUUUUUUGAUGGGCUUGUUCGAAAGAGGGCUGAAAAAUGAACUUGAAGAGUUUGGGAGAGCAGGGAUUCGGGUGUCUAUAAUUGGAGACUCCAGUAAGCUCCCCAAGUCAUUACAGGACUUAAUAGAUGAAGCUGUAAAGACUACUAAGGAAAAUUCACGGCUUCACCUCGUAGUUGCAGUCAACUACAGUGGACAGUAUGAUGUUGUCCAAGCUUGUCAAAACAUUGCUGAAAAAGUGAAGGAUGGCAUUAUUGAACCCAAAGACGUAGAUAGUUUCCUAGUAGAGCAGGAGUUACAAACAAACUGUACUGGUUUUCCGUGUCCUGAUUUACUUAUAAGGACUAGCGGGGAGCAGAGACUUAGCAAUUUCUUACUCUGGCAAUUGGCCUACACUGAACUGUUCUUUUCACAUUCACAUUGGCCUGACUUUGGAGAAACUGAAUUUUUGGAGGCUUUAUGUUCCUUCCAGCAAAGGCAGAGGCGCUAUGGUGCACAGAGUUCCUAGCUUAUGCCAUGUAUUUUUAGAGUAACUCUGAGGCUGAACAAACAUCAUUGAAUAUCUGUGAUUCUGAAGGCCAGUUCUUGCAAGAAAGAAUUUUCGGGUAUUUAAGGGAAGCCAAUACUUUUGAAAAGUCUACUUCUUAUAAUCAUUCGGCACCUGGAUCGAAAUGAUGUUGGGAUUUUACUAUAGGUCCAAAAGAAUACUCAACUUGUUUCAUGUCUAUAAGUUGAGGACAGUAGUCAAAGAAAACCUUUUAUAGCCUGGAUUUCGGAGAGUAGUCAAAGAAGACCUUUUGUGGUCUGGAUUUUUCUCGUCCACUGGAUUACACAUCUCUCAUGGCCCCGCAAAUGGACAACUGUAAUAUGUUUCAUCUAAUUGCCAAUUACAGUCUAUCUUGUCUCCAAACUAGUAAAUGAGGCAGUACGACUAGGGUCAUAAGUAUGGUAUCUCUGCCACCUGAUCGAGGAGCAUCCCGGAUGGUCAUAAAUAACUGGUAUAGACUGGACAUGAGGGACAAUAAGCUACUUCAAACUUAUCUCUACCACCUGAUCGAGGACCAUCUGGCAUGUAUUCCUCUAUACUGUUGUGAUUAUGCAUGCUAGCUUUGAGCUGAAGGUCUAUCGGAAAUAACCUCUCUACCUACUUAAAGGUAGGGGUAAGGUUGCGUACGCACUAUCCUGCCUAGACCCCACUUAUGGGACUACACUGGGUACGCUGUUGUUUGCUUGUGUCGUGUCCCCUGUUACAGUUCCUCAAUGAAAAUGCAAUUACUUAAUGCCACUAUGAUGCAUUUGAUGCCAUAGUUUGAGCACGUGAUAUAUGUAAUGUAGCAUUCAGUUUGAAGAUAAUUGAGCGGUUGGAGAGCGGAUCUUUUGCUAUGUGGAUAACACCUUGAACAACAGGUAUAUAGUCUAUAGACUCAGCCCCACACUUUCUUUUUCCUUUUUUCAAAUGGAGAAUACAUUUUGUGCAACAAGCUGUAUCCUGAAGGAAGAAAUAUUGAGCCUUGAAGUUUUUAGAAUGUUUCCAGUUAUACCCUGAAAACUAACUAGUAUUGAUGUGAUUAUAUUAUCUGUUAUUUCGUGAGACUUUUUGUAAACUGCAAGCCAGUUACUAAAAUGGGAUCUUGAUACUCAUGAAAAUCAAGAUUCCAUAAGAAAUAGAAUCACCAUUCUUCCAAUUUGUGAGUGGUCAAAGCUCUUUUGGCUAUUAGUGUUUAUAUGGAGUAUAAGUUGUAAAUUCUGACUGAUGAGAGGCCAAGAUGAGCCUUGGAGACUUAUGGGUUCGAGAAAGCCAUUGGCGCUUGCAUCAAGGUAGACUGCCUACAUCACACCCCUUCGCAUCCGGUCCAUCUCUGCAUCCUGUGUGAACAUGAUAUGCUUUGUGUAUUGGGUCGCCCUUUUAUUGAUUGAUGAGAGGCCCAAGUAAGCAAACAAGACUUUCCUUUAGAGCUGGUUUAAGAUCUAAACCACUUGGAGGAUAAAGGUUCAACUUUAGUAAUUCCUUCUUACUCUUCAGCAGAAGUAACUAUCUCAUGUUUCAGCCGUAAAAGUAAUGAUCUUUAUUAAUUUAAGAGGCAGGAGUUAUUUUU